UGUUCCUUUUUAGUUCCUGAAGAGCAUCCUCCAAGUGCUGCACUUCUGUAGGAUAUACAAGCUAUGGUAGCCGGUUUCGAACAACGACCCUGGACACCUACCGUACGCCGUGGACAAAUUGCUGCUGAAACCUCAACCCCUGGACCAGCAGCGGUUGCAUUACCCAAUUUAAUUGGUACCAAAGUACUGGACUCGCGUAAACAAGCCGCUCCAGCAUUUACCUUUGGUCAAAAACAUCGACAAACCGUACAAUCGUUGGGCGAAGGACCAGCCAAAUAUAACGUAACCGGUUUGGGUAGUAAAGGUAAAGACACCCCUCCUGCUGCUACGCUACAAAGUCGCCACAAAGAGAUGUCGAAAUUUUGUACACCAGCCCCAGGGGAAUACGAUGUCGACAAGGCCAUAAAAGCUGUGAAACAGUCAACGGCCAAGUACACGUUUGGCCAGAAAUUGGCUGUGGAGAAAACAAAUUCGACACCAGGUCCAAAUCAUUAUCGAGUUGUACCACUCGAUGUUAUCAAACCCCGUGCCCCUCAAUAUACAUUUCGCAUAAAAUUGAAAGUAAUUUUAAUAAAUACACCAGCGCCAAAUAGAUAUCGACCCGAGAGGGUGUCGAUAGUGAAAAAGAAUUCACCACGCUACUCAUUUGGUAGACGUACUAAAAUUUACUUCGAUAAGGGAACACCAGCUCCGGGCUCAUAUAGCCCUGAAAAGGCCAAUUUACACUCUACACCAGCCUACACAAUUACCGGCAAGGGGACACACGAUGUGGUUGAUUGUACACCGGCCCCUGGUGCUUAUGAACCGGAAAAAUGUAAAUUGGAUAAGACACCAGCCUUCACGAUCUCCGGACGGCAUAGCAUGAGAACAACCAACGAUACUCCCGCCCCUGGAGCCUAUGCCCCCGAAAAGGUUCGCUUGGAUCAUACCCCGGCUUAUACCUUUGCAGGAAAACAUGAAGCAAAAAUUGUUAGCGAUACCCCUGCCCCAGGAGCCUAUUGUCCAGAGAAGGUAAGGCUGGAUCACACCCCUGCCUACAGCAUAAAGGGACGCCAUGAGGCGCACAAGCCCAGCGAUACCCCAGCUCCUGGCGACUAUGCACGCGAGAAGGUGCGGCUGGACCACACCCCUGCCUAUACGAUAAGUGGUCGCAAGGAGGCGAAAAUUGUCAGCGAUACCCCUGCACCAGGAGCCUAUUGUCCGGAGAAGGUGAGACUGGAUCACACCCCUGCCUAUACGAUUAAAGGGCGACAUGACCUCAGUAAGCCCAGUGAUACACCAGCCCCUGGCGACUAUGCACCCGAGAAGGUGCGCUUGGACCACACCCCUGCCUAUACGAUAAGUGGCCGUAAGGAGGCCAAAAUUGUUAGCGAUACCCCAGCUCCUGGAGCCUAUUGUCCGGAAAAGGUGAGACUGGAUCACACCCCAGCCUAUACAAUUAAAGGACGUCAUGAUUUGAGUAAGCCCAGUGAUACCCCAGCUCCAGGAGCAUAUGCUCCCGAAAAGGUACGUCUGGACCAUACUCCGGCCUAUACUAUGGCUGGUAAGCAUGAUCCUAAGGUCAGCAAUGAUACCCCGGCGCCUGGUGCUUAUGCUCCGGAAAAAUGUCGUUUAGAUAAGACACCAGCCUAUUCGAUAGCCGGACGCCAUCAUUUACAAAAGCCCAGUGAUACCCCGGCGCCUGGAGCUUAUGCUCCGGAAAAGUCGAAGCUUGACCAUACACCAGCUUACACCAUGGCAGGUCGGCAUGAUUUGCAUAAGCCAAGUGAUACUCCUGCACCUGGAGAUUAUGCUCCGGAGAAACAUAAAUUGGAUGGUACUCCAGCCUACACUAUGGGGGGACGUCACAAUCUGCAAAAACCCAGUGACACCCCGGCGCCUGGGGCUUACGCUCCGGAAAAAUCGAAGCUCGAUAAUACACCAGCCUACACCAUGGCGGGACGUCAUAAUCUGCAGAAGCCCAGUGAUACUCCAGCACCCGGGGCUUAUGCUCCGGAAAAAUCGAAGCUCGAUAAUACACCAGCCUACACCAUGGCAGGACGUCAUAAUCUGCAAAAGCCCAGUGAUACUCCAGCACCUGGGGAUUAUGCCCCCGAGAAGCAUAAUUUGGAUGGUACCCCCGCAUACACCAUGGGCGGACGUCAUAAUCUUCAAAAACCCUCAGACACUCCCGCUCCCGGUGACUAUGCCCCCGAAAAACACAGGCUAGAUGGAACCCCAGCCUACACCAUUGCUGGAAGACACAACCUACAAAAACCUUCCGACACCCCAGCUCCUGGUGACUAUGCUCCCGAAAAACAUCGACUAGAUGGAACCCCAGCCUACACCAUUGCCGGAAGACACAACCUCCAAAAACCCUCCGACACCCCUGCUCCCGGUGACUAUGCUCCCGAAAAGCACAGGCUAGAUGGAACCCCAGCCUACACGAUUGCCGGAAGACACAACCUCCAAAAACCCUCCGACACCCCAGCUCCCGGUGACUAUGCUCCCGAAAAACAUCGUUUAGAUCACACCCCUGCCUACACCAUGGCCGGUAAGCAUGAUCCAAAAAUUACCAAUCACACACCCGCUCCCGGUGAUUAUGCACCCGAAAAGGUACGCUUAGAUCACACUCCCGCCUACACUAUGGCCGGUAAACAUCAACCGAAAAUUCAAAACGACACUCCAGCCCCUGGUGCCUAUAGCCCCGAGAAAGUACGUCUCGAUCAUACACCCGCCUAUACAAUUACCGGACGCCAUGAUACGCACAAACCUAGCGAUACACCUGCUCCCGGUGAUUAUGCACCGGAAAAAUCACGCUUAGAUCAUACACCCGCAUUCACAAUUGUCGGACGCAAGGAGAAUAAAAUAAUAAGUGACUCCCCGGCUCCGGGUGCAUAUUCUCCCGAAAAGGUACGUUUAGAUCAUACCCCUGCCUAUUCUAUCACGGGACGCCAUGAGCAACAAAAACCCCAAGAUACACCAGCUCCAGGUGAUUAUGCACCGGAGAAGGUACGUCUUGAUCACACCCCAGCCUUUACAAUUGUUGGCCGCAAAGAGGUGAAAAUUGUUAGCGAUACUCCGGCACCAGGAAGUUAUUGUCCCGAAAAGGUUCGUCUUGAUCAUACACCAGCCUAUACCAUUACCGGUCGUAAUGUUAGCCAACAUUUGGAGACCACUCCCGCACCAGGAGAUUAUAAGCCAGAAAUGUAUGACCCCAAGGGUCACACCCCAGCCUUUACGUUCGGCAUGAAAUUGAAACAGGAACGAGUCAGUGAUACUCCAGCACCCACUGCCUAUGAACCCGAAAAACACACCCUAGAUCACACACCAGCCUACACUUUUGGUAGUAAAACCGUAACUAAAACGGUUGUUGAUGCACCAGCUCCCGGUCAUUAUCAUCCAGAAAACUAUAAACCCGAACACUCUCCUGCAUACACCUUUGGUCACAAAACAUCAAUAAUGCCAGUUAUGCCAAGAGGUCCUUAUGUUGAAGAUCGUAUUAUGCAGCGACGCGAAAGACGUAUGAAAAGUCCUGUACGCAAUGUUGUCAUCUUAGAGAAUGGCAACACCACACAACAGCUACUGCAACAAAAACAUCUAAAAGAACAACAACAAAAGGCCACCUCCACAACGACAACAACAACAGUAACUGAAAUUCACACCGUAAAUGGUACAGAUAAAUUGGCAGGAGUUUUAACAAAUGGCGAUACUGGAUUGGCCAACAACAGUAACACCACCAUGACCACUGUUAGGAAACAAACUUUGUUAAAUGGCAAUGUCCUUAAUGACACCACCACCAAAUCAGUAUCACCCACAAAUCAAUUGGCUAAUUUGAAAUUAAAUGAUGCUUUGACCACUGGCACAAAUACUCAAAUUACACAAAAAUUGGAAAAAAUCAAUGGUUUGAAUGGUGAAAGUGGCCAUGUGGUGACCACCACUGUACACACCACCAGCAAUGGUUACAAAGAAGAAGGUAAUAAGAAAAUUCAGGCCAAGGGAAGUGCUGAUAUCAAGCAAUCAAAUGCUGCUAGUGGUUCGUGUAAUACAGUCGUGUCCGCUGAUGGUACGACCACAACCACGGUAAAGUCGGCCAAGAGUUCCAGUGUUAAAUAUGCCGUUGAAGCCAGUUCCAUACAAGAAGAAAUUAUCAGGGGAUAUUUCGGAAAUGAUAUAGCUCCUAAUGUCUAUAGAAUUCCCACAGUAUUGGGUAUCAGCAAAGAGGGUAACAUACGCUCAGCACCGGCCUUCUCUAUGGCCGGCCGUGAAAAACCUCGACAACUGCCAACAUUACUAUUUCCCGGUCCAGGAUAUUAUGAUUCCGAGUAUACAGCCAUAAAACGUAGAUCACCAAUGUAUUCGAUGGGUGGUAAACACAAGCUACCCACUGAUGAUAAUAUGAAACCUGGACCAGGUGCUCAUUGCCCAGAGAAGAUAAAUCUCUCCAAUGUUCCAGCCUAUAGUUUUGGCAUAAAACACUCUCCCUAUUUGGGCUAUAUUCGAGAACAUCAUGAUUAUGGUUUUUCUGGAAUUUGUUAA